UAUGUUAUUACACAGACUGUACGCAGGGGCCGACUCGACAGGCAGUCCCACUGGUUUAAUAUCACUUUAUCACUGUUUGCCUGUUUUAAUUCAUUGCGAUAAUGAAGCUUGUCGUGUUCCUGUUAGUCUCCAUCUUUCUGUGCGCUGCACCUUCGUCUGAAGCCGGAGAGCAUCGUCUCACCUGUCCUCAGACCAUAGAGGCAGCACAAGGAGAUGAUGUCAUUAUACAGUGUGGUCUGGACCCCCCCGUCGACUUGUCUGACUACACGCUGGAUGUGGCGAGAGACUACCUCGGCAGCUAUGGUGAUGUCUACGUCUAUCGAAAUGGAAAGGACCAACAGGAUGGCCAGAUGGCUCAGUACAGAGGCAGAACAACUCUCAACCAUGAAGACCUGAUCAGAGGCAUCGUGACUCUGAAGAUCUCCUCAGUAACUCUGUCUGAUAGUGGUCCAUACAAAGUCUACAUCCCAAAACUGCCAGCCAGUUCUGUCGUUAACAUCACUGUUGUUCCCAAAGACCAAGCGAACAGGACAAAGAGAAAUGAUUCCAGCACACCUGGACCUCCAGUGGGAGAAGUGACCGAGUCAGACCAUCGGGGGGGCUCUGCAAAGGAGGAUUCUGUCGGGAUAAUAGUGCUGGCCUGUGUCUGUGGUGGUGUUGUUGUUGGUGUUCUUCUUCUCCUGGUGAAACGUGGAGUCAUCCAGAGUUGCAUCGAGAGGCUCAGAGGAAGGAAGGAGCAAGAACCAGAGACAGCAGGGAAUGGAUGUGAGAUGAAAAACCUGAACAUGGAAGCAGCAAAAGGAGAUGAAGACCUGGAGAGAGCUGCAGGAAAUGGAAACGUCUUACUGUAGGAAACCUCGUCUGAGAGCUUGAAUUCAAUUUCAUUUAUAGUAUCAAAUCAUAACAAGAGUUAUCGCAGGACACUUUACAGAUAGAGUAGGUCUAGACCACACUCUUUAGAGUUUUAGAGUUUAGAGACCAGAACAACAUGAACCCUCCCCACAUGGACAGAUGAAGGUUUUACACAACUCAGA